AUGAGCGGACGGCAUCUUCCGGCGACAUGGGCUGAGGACCAGAUCCUCAGCGACUCGAUUGUUCGCGAGGAGCGGAUCGCCCGCGCUUGGAUUCGCAACUACGAAGCACAUGUGGCCAACGAGAAGGAGGCCGAGCUGGCCAGAACCAAGCUCCGUGCCGAGUACGAGAAGGCGCCGGUCUCGGUUCCGCCAUCGCGAUGUGCGCUACUUUCCACCGGCACCAAGGGCCGCAUCGCGGGCUACGCCGGCCACGUCCCCGGCGCCAAGCACGUCCGCUCUGUCCAGUCUGGUGAGUACGCUGAUCAUCGCUUCGCUACCCAGUUUGAUGGCCAGGGUCACGCCACUGCCACAGACCAGCACCUCACCGCCCUUGAGCUCGAAGUCUCCGAGAAGAUGGGCAAGCCAACCGCAGUUGCCGCCGCGCUCCCGCAUGAGGUCGACGUUCAUGUCGAGCGUACCUCUCAGGACAUCGCCUCCGCCCCACCGGUGGCCGACCUUCUCGGUGCCGAUCAACAAGCUCAUGUCUCUGACACCCUGCGCUACCUCCGCACCCACUACUCGGCCACCUACUCGGGCCACAUCCCCGGAUCGUCUUCGGUCGUCGGGCUGUAA